UGUCGCUGUGACGCCACGAGGUCGGUUGUGAUUCGGAUGAGGGAAGGUUUCUGUUUUCAGCGCUUCGGGCUAGAAGGCUUACAACAAUAAUGUUCAAAAGUGCUCCCGUUAAUGUGUAAAUAGCAUCCACAUAUGAGGAACAUCAGCUUUGGAGAUGCACUGCAAGACAUAAAAUAGUAAAGCCACUUCUGUAACAAUUCACAAAUAAAUGCUGGAAUAAUUCCCAUCGUCCUACAAGAGUGACAUACUAUUGUAAGAAAAUGGAGAUUGUUAAAGAGGAAACUGAGGACUUGAGUGAUCCAGAUCCAUUCAGAAUGACAAAUGAAGAGACUGAAGAACAAAGAGACCUGAUGGAAGUGAAAGAGGAAAGUCAAGAACUGAAUGAAGAGGAGAAACAUCAGUAUCAGACCCCUCAUAAUUUCGUUAUAGAAGAAAUAUCUUUCAAUUCCUCACAGACAGAAAAUGCUUUCUUCCCAAAAAGAAAGCGAAGAACAGGAGCAAACAAUUCUUUCAUAUGCUCUUAUUGUGGAAAGACUUUUGCACGUAAAGGGCACUUUGAGGAUCACUUAAGAAUUCACACUGGAGAGAGGCCGUUUGCAUGCCCCCAAUGUGGAAAGAGUUUCACACAGAAAGGAAAUCUUACAGAUCACAUGAGAAUUCACUCUGGAGAGAGUCCUUUCAUAUGCCUCCAGUGUGGAAAGAGUUUCACACAAAAGAGAAGUCUUAAGGAGCACAUAAGAAUUCACACUGGAGUGAGUCCAUACACGUGUCUUCAGUGUGGAAAGAGUUUCCCACAAAAAGCAUGCCUUGAUGGUCACAUGAGAAUUCACACCGGAGAGAGUCCUUUCACAUGCCUUCAGUGUGGAAAAAGUUUUACACAUCCAAGCAACCUUAAAAGGCAUAGAAGUAUUCAUUCGGAAAAUGAAUUACAUCAAUGUUUACAGUGUGGCAAGAGUUUCAACCAGGCAAGAAAUCUCAAAAAUCAUCAGCGCUUUCAUUCUGGAGAAAGGCCAUUUAACUGUGAUCAGUGUGGUCAAACCUUUCUUUUGGCCUCACACCUAAAAAGACACCUUAAAAUCCAUGCAGAUGAGAAGCCUUACUUGUGUUCCUUUUGUGGAAAGAGUUUUUUAUGGCUUGAGUAUUUAAAAGAGCACCAGAAAAUACACACCGGUGAGAAAGAUUAUGUGUGCUCAGAGUGCGGUAAAGCCUUUAUUAGAGCUGGUGACUUGAAAUUGCACCAAAGAAUCCAUACUGGAGAGAAACCCUACAAGUGCUCACUUUGUGAAAAGAGUUUUGCUCAGCUAGGAUCCCUGCAUAAACAUGAGCGAGUUCAUACUGGAGAGAAGCCAUACAGCUGCACUUUAUGUGGGAGAAGUUUCAGCUCAUCAAGUUAUCUUCUGACUCAUAGAAAAAAGCAUUGUCCAAAGUUAACACAGUGAGCAAAGUUUAUUCUCAGGUUCACUGCUUUCAAAAUCAUGUAAAUUCAGAUUUUUUUAUUUUCUCUCUCACACACACACAUAUACACUGGCGGCCAAAAGGUUGGAAUAAUGUACAGAUUUUGCUCUUAUGGAAAGAAAUAAAAGGUACUUUUAUUCACCAAAUUGGCAUUCAACUGAUCACAAUGUAUAAUCAGGACAUUAAUAAUGUGAAAAAUUACUAUUACAAUUUGAAAAAAAAUUUCAGAACUUCUUAAACUACUUCAAAGAUUUCUCAUCAAAAAAUCCUCCACGUGCAGCAAUGACAGCUUUGCAGAUCCUUGGCAUUCUAGCUGUCAGUUUGUCCAGAUACUCAGGUGACAUUUCACCCCACACUUCCUGUAGCACUUGCCAUAGAUGUGGCUGUCUUGUCGGGCGCUUCUCACGCACCUUACAGUCUAGCCGAUCCCACAAAAACUCAAUGGGGUUAAGAUCCAUAACACUCUUUUCCAAUUAUCUGUUGUCCAAUGUCUGUGUUUCUUUGCCCAAUCUAACCUUUUCUUUUUGUUUUUCUGUUUCAAAAGUGGCUUUUUCUUUGCAAUUCUUCCCAUAAGGCCUGCACCCCUGAGUCUUCUCUUUACUGUUGUACAUGAAACUGGUUUUGAGUGGGUAGAAUUCAAUGAAGCUGUCCGCUGAGGACAUGUGAGGCGUCUAUUUCUCAAACUAGAGACUCUGAUGUACUUAUCCUCUUGUUUAGUUGUACAUCUGGCCUUCCACAUCUCUUUCUGUCCUUGUUAGAGCCAGUUGUCCUUUGUCUUUGAGGACUGAAGUGUACACCUUUGUAUGAAAUCUUCAGUUUUUUGAUAAUUUCAAGCAUUGUAUAGCCUUCAUUCCUCAAAACAAUGAUUGACUGACGAGUUUCUAGAGAAAGCUGUUUCUUUUUUUGCCAUUUUGGACCUAAUAUUGACAUUAAGACAUGCCAGUCUAUUGCAUACUGUGGCAACUCAAAAACAAACACAAAGACAAUGUUAAGCUUCAUUUAAUGAACCAAAUAGUUUUCAGCUGUGUUUGAUAUAAUGGCAAGUGAUUUUCUAGUACCAAAUGAUCAAUUUAGCAUGAUUACUCAAGGAUAAGGUAUUGGAGUGAUGGCUGCUGGAAAUGGGGCCUGUCUAGAUUUGAUCAAAAAUUACUUUUUCAAAUAGUGAUGGUGCUGUUUUUUAAAUCAGUAAUGUUCUGACUAUAUUUUGUGAUCAGUUGAAUGCCACUUUGGUACCAACUUCCUUCCGAAACACCAAAAUCUGUACAUUAUUCCAAACUUUUGGCC